AUGGAUAUUGCUCUAUGUUAAAUUCCCAAUCAUGAUAGUUAACGUCUAAAAUAUAUAUGCGUGGAUCCAAAUUGUAGUGUUGCAAAAAAAAUUGGUAUUCCUUUUGAAUUUAAUUAGGCUGUUCCGAUUGUUUUCUUGAUGAUCAUAUAACACACAUUAGAAAAACAACUGCUUAAUUUAAGGAACAAGUAAGUUAAUCUAUUGACACGAUUUCUUAAGUUGAAUUCUCAAAAGCUAAUGGUUCUCCAUAAAAGGAUUUGGAUUGUCAAAUAGAUUUUGAAUUAGAAAAUUGUCUUGAAAACAUUAAGUCAAAGUUUUAAUCUAUAAAAAGUGAUUUAAAGUCAUAAAUUGAUAGCGAUAUGUUAAAAGUACAAGAUAAUUCCUCUUAAUUUAAAUAAAAUAUGAACAAUGAACUAAACCCAUUAAAAUUAACUAUUGAAAAUGAAUUACCUUCUUUAAAUUAGAAUGAGCUUAAUUAGUUAGUCAAGUUUUAUUAAGAGGCUCCAAAAAUUCACAAACAUUAUUCAAAAGCUACUGAACUUCUAUAAGAUGAAAAAUCAAAAGUAAAAUAAAAAAAAUAAAAAUACUUAAACAAAAUGAAAAGUAUAAUGCAAAUAUUACUUAAGGAGUUUAAUGAUUUAAUGACAACUAAAAAUGUAUAGAUUGAUGAUUUUAGUGAGUAUGAAACUCCCUAAAAAUACACAAUGUCACCUAAUAAAAUGAUAAAUCUUGUAGAAACUGCACGUUCUACAAGACGAUUUCCUAUGUCUUAAUCUUAAAAAAAGUAUUUCUUAUCUGCUAUAACAAAAAAGCUAGAUUGA